AUGGCGAAAAAGUGGCAGAAAAUGGCAGUGCGAAGACGCAAGAGGAUCUCGUACCUAAGAAAUGAAGUGGAUUUGAAAUCUUCAGCGGUAAAUAAGGGCCACUUUGUUGUUUACAGCAUUGAUCGUAAGCGAUUCGUGGUUCCUCUAGAGUAUCUUAGCACGAACGUGUUCAGAGAACUCUUUAAAUGGUCCGAAGAAGUGUUUGGGUUGCCGGGGAAUAGACCUAUCAUGUUGCCGUGUGAUAGUGUUUUCUUGAACUAUGCAAUCUCGUUAGUUCAAGAACGGAUUCCUGAAGAUGUGGAGAAAGCUUUGAUCACUUUCAUGUAUGCUUGUCACAACAAGGCAUCCUCUAAUUCCUGUCAUGAUCUUAGGCAAAAAAGUGAACAGAUAAUUAUCUAUGGGUUUUGA